AUGGCCUUGGUUGCAAGGCCUUUGGUCACGACAGAGUCUCAAUCAAAGCUAAUGGCGAGAAGCAGAAUCCAACUUCCGCCAUUGCCAUUCGAAACGGGCUUUCAUCGUCAACUAGCUACCCCGCUGGCGGUCGAAGCGGCAACGAAUCCACUGAAGCGCAAACAUCCACUCGAGGCGGACCUUCAAUACGCACCCCGUUACUCGCGGAAGACAUUCACCUUUAGCUCAGACACCAGCUCCGACAUGGAAACCUAUCACGGCCAUGUGCGGACACCAGCAGACGCCAUCAUUCUUUUUGAAGCAUGUCGUCUCGGGUUACUCCCGCGUGUACAGCGGCGGCUGUCGGAGAAGGAGCGGCAAUCGAUCAAGUCAGGUUCGGUGUUUGUGUGGGAUGAGAGAGAAGCUGGGAUGAGAAGAUGGACAGAUGGGAAGUCAUGGAGUGCCAGUAGAGUCUCUGGUAGUUUCCUCACAUACCGCGAAAUGGAAGGGAAACGCGGAGGUGGAGGGAAUGGAUAUCCUCCGCCAGUCACAGCCUUGGCGCGAGCGGGUCGGACACCAGAAAGCACCCAUGGCAGUGAAUCGGAUAUCGACCUCGCUGGUGAGGAGGGCCCGGAUGGAUACAGAUAUAAACCCGACGGCUUAGUGAAACAAUCAUUCAGUAUCACAACCUCUUCUGGAAACCACUUGCAUCUGAUCAGCUAUUACUCUCGGACUCAUCCGGCAUCUCAACAAUUAAAUAGCCCGUCUACGGACCCUCAACUCCGUCACAUUCGACCGGCCAAAGGCAUGUAUCCUGAGUCUACAGUCCAUGAGCAUCAGAACAUUCCUGCUGUGACACGAUCCCCAAUGGCGGGCGCACCUUAUACUACUACUCCUCAAAUGGCAGGUUAUGCUCGCCAAGGUCCACCACAAUGGCCACAACAGCAAAAUUAUGGGUGGAACCAACCUCCACCUUCUCAUCCACAGUACCAGUAUCAAGGCUAUUCUUACGGCCCACACUCUUACGCAGCCCCUCCGCCUGGUCAAGCCAAUGGCCAAUCUUCUUUGCAAUACUCUCAAUCCGCACAGUAUUCGGCCUCGCAAUCGGGAGACCGCCCUCCCCCAGCGUACGAUCAGAGACCUUCGCAGCCACAGCCGCAUCUCCAGUAUCAAGGGUACGACACUAGACGAUACCCACCGACACCUCCCGACUCUAGGCCAUCGCAGAACCAGAAUAUGCAAACCAAUUCCCCCGACGCUCGUCAGCGUCCAAUACCCAAUUAUCAGCACCCAAGUCCAUAUCCACCCGGAAUUCGAGAAGCGUAUCCUGGCCCAGCCCACGAUCAGCGAUAUCAGCGUCCACCGCCCUCAGAACAUCCGCCGACUUUAUCCCGUUCUCAACCAUCGUCUACACCCACCGCUCAACAAAAUGCUCCGCAACCCCAAGCAUAUCCGCCUGGUCCAUUGCCACCUCCUCAACCCAAUCGCAGUACCCCGCCUUCUCAAUAUCAGCAGCAACCAGCACCGAACGCAUCAACACCUAUUGAUCCACAGCUGACGGGUGUGGCUUCAGUACCACACCAACGCAAUGGGCCUCCCAGCGAGCCAGCAGGAAGCAUGCCAGGUACUUUAGGGGGUGAAAGUCGAAGUCGAGGUACCGUGCAGCCAAAUGGAUACCACCCAUCUCCAGCGAGCUCGAUACCUAGCAUCAAUUCGUUGGUGAAUGGCUCGACCCCUCAAAACCCAAGCGAGAAUCGCAUGCCUGUUGUACCAAACGGCGCUAUUCCUAACGGCCUUUCCAGCUAUUUGCAGAAACCGGAGAGGAAAAGCCCACCGGAGGCUCCCAAUGGUAAAGAAGGUUUGCCGGACAUCGCUAGCAGUAAAUCGGGGUUGACGGAAGACAAAAGGGCGAUCAACAUCCUCGACCGCGGCUUUAAGGUCUGA